CCCAAGAGGUGGGGACUUGGGGAGACUUCAAACGUUAAUACGGAGUUGGAUGAGCCCCAUUGGGAAGGGGUUUGUGGGUGAUCCCUGGGUACCCCGCCCGCGGAGGAGAUGGAUGAGGACGGGCUUCCUCUCAUGGGGUCAGGCAUAGACCUGACCAAGGUGCCAGCUAUUCAACAGAAAAGAACGGUGGCAUUUCUAAACCAGUUUGUGGUGCACACUAUACAGUUCCUCAACCGCUUUUCUACAGUUUGUGAGGAGAAACUGGCAGACCUUUCCCUUCGUAUCCAACAAAUUGAAACAACACUCAACAUUUUAGAUGCAAAGUUAUCAUCUAUCCCAGGCCUAGAUGAUGUCACAUGUGAAGUACGCCCCAUAAGUGUCACCAGUAUCACAAAUGAAUCGCGUGCUGAAACCACUUCAGAGCAAUCACAGAACAGUUUACAAGACUCUGGACCACAGGAAAGUGAAGUAACAGCAGCAAAUAUCUUAACUGUAGCCAAGGAUCCAAGAUAUGCCAGAUAUCUCAGAAUGGUUCAAGUGGGUGUUCCAUUGAUGGCAAUAAGAAACAAAAUGAUAUCAGAAGGACUAGACCCAAAUCUUCUUGAAAGGCCAGAUGCUCCAGUGCCUAAUGGAGAAGGUGGAAAAAAUACAGAAGAAAGCUCAGAUAGUGAAUCUUCUUUUAGUGACUAAGUUUAAUUUUGAUAACCAUUACAUAUACACAUAAAGGCAUAAAUUUACAUCCUAUUGGAAACAACCUGAACUUGAACUCUUCUUCACAGAAACAACAAAUAGCCAAAUAGUCACCACCAAGCUUUCUCUGUGUAAAAGUAAUAAUAAUAAACCACUUAUAACCUCACAAUAUGUCUUAAAAUAAAGAUCCCUGAACUGAAAAAUAAAGUAGCCUAAAAAAGUUCAAUUAAUGCUAUAAAUACUAAGAAUAGAAAAUUGCAGGGAUGCAGUGAGCAUUUAAUAUAAAGUCAGUGUGAGGUUAGUGAUCAAAAAUCUAGAUGAAAAAAGUGAACUUGGCUCAGACAGUUAUUCAGUUUUCAAUGAAUAUUUUAGCAACAAAAGUAUGUGCAUUUGUAUCAUACAACUUGUUAAAAGAAAUUUCUGGCAGAAAAUAAUAUUGGAUUGAAGUUUUCCAUGGCAACUUAAAGUUUGUAUAUCAUAAAAGUAAGGCUAUGGAACUUACUGGUAGUAUUUAUUAACUUAUAGAGCUUUUCACCACUUGGCCUUUAGAUAUUAUUACACUAUCAAAGCUAGACAUUCUUAUUUAUUAUUAGAUAGAAAUUGAAUAGAAGGUAAUUUCAUUGUAGUUUAGAGUGAGAACCAUCAUUGUCAUCAGCUUUUUUGUUGCCUACACAGGAAAAAAUAUAUUCAGUCUGCACAGGUUUAAAAUGUUCUCACCUCACCUUGCAAAUAAUUCUUCAUGAAUAAUUAUUUGCACACAAUCUAGAAAAUUUCUAAAAUACAGUUGACCCUCAGCAUCCAUGGGAGGUUGGCUCCAGGAAGCCCUGCAGGUACCAGAAGCUGUGGAUGCUCAAGCCCUUUAUAUAAAGUGACAAUACUUGCCAGUAACGUGCACACAUCUUUCCAUAUACUUUGAAUCAUCCCUAGAUUACUCAAUAAUACCAAACAAAAUGUAAAUGUUAGGUAAGUAGUAUUUAUUUUGUUUAGGGAAUAAUGACAAGACAAAAAGUCUUUAUACUCAGUACAGACCCAGCUGUCAUAACCCUAACUACAUAGUACACCUCAGCAACAGUGUAAAUUAAAAAGACAUAUUUUCAGGCCACUGUUGGUUGAAUUCACAAAUGCUGAAUCUGCAGAUACGGAGAGCCAACUAUACUUACAUGGAAAGAUAUAUAAAUGCACUUGAUGAAUGGUUCUUAUUUUAGUAUAGGCUACCUGAAAGUAGACCCUGAGAAAAGGACUUAGAUGUAUGUAGGUCAUUUGUGCAGUGACUCAAGAAGCAAAAGUGAAAGAACAGAGAUUAAGAGGGGGCGGGAAAUCCACUCAAAGGUGUAUUAUCAUUUGCCAUUUGGGGCUGAUGUGCUCCAAGCCCUCCUGAGAAGCUUAAAGAAUGCUCCCUACAUUGUCCUCCCAAUACAGAUGGGAUCAUUUAUGGACCAGUUCCAUGCCCCAUUAGUUGAGAGUGACCUCCAGAAGCAUUAACUACCCCUGCACUUCCGGACUCUGCUUUUGUAUGAGAAAGUGGAGGCUUCCCCAGUGUUGAAAAAGGACUUGGAACAGAAAGCAGAAAGAUGUAUGGCCCACACCUAUGGGAUUUCACCAGCAAAAGAAGGAAAAAUCUGAGCUCAGAACUGUCUAGUGCAGCUGUGGCUAAUCUCAGAAGUCGACAAGGGACGUGUUGUGGAGCCAGAGGUAUUUGCUGUUGUUUACCCUUGCCUGUUCAGAACUGCUUGAGUCCCAUAUUAAGUCCACUUCAUCACCAAGUCUGUAAGGUGAUGGCCAGCCAGUGUAUAAAACUACACAGGAGGAUUAAUGAGACAAACUACAUUUCCUGUUGCUACAGCUGAACCCAAAGCCAAAACUCACAUUCAUCAUCACCGCCGCCACCCAUUGGAAAUUUUCCUUGCUCUCUGCCAGAAAUUCUAGUUUGAUUGCCUGGUGUAGUGACCCAGACCUCCAUCCCUUCAGGGAUCUGGGACCUUGGUGACUUGGCCCUUUUUAGCCUAUGAUCAUCACAAUUGUCUGCUGUGCACACCAAGCCUGGAAGCGUCAGACGUGCCCAAAUUACCUGAGUUCCAGACAUAUCCUCCAUCUUGUAGUCACAAUUCUAGCUCAUGUCAGCCAGCAUAUUAACUCUUUUUUUUUUGCCUGUUGUCCCAUAGACAUGAGCAGUCCAAUGGGACCAUUUGGCAGCAAUAGCCUUUUGGUUACUGGGCUCGUGGAUCCUAGUAGUUGGGGACAUGGCAUGAUAUGGUGACCUUUGGUGUGGUGUAUGUAUCACAUCCUAGAAAGCAGCACCCCAGCCCUGUACGAUGUCUCUGAGCCGGUACCUAAGGUGACUCUGUGUAACAGGACGUUUCAUUGUUCUGUUAGACUGAGUGCUUCUGGACAAAUAGUGUAUAUGGUGGGACCACGGAUCAAAUCAUUUAUGUCAUUCUUCACUUGCUACAAAAUAGUUCCUUGAUCUGAGACAAUGUAAUCCCAGAUACCGUGUUAGUAAUAGACAUUCCAUAGACUAUCAGACAGUAAUGAUGGCCAAGUACUAGGGCAAGCCCAUGGAAGAGUACAUAUUAGUUACAAUAGGAAAGAAUUGCUUCUUCUUCUGAGGUAGAAGGAAAUUAAUACCAACAACUUGCUACCAAGUGGCUGGUUAAUCUGAAGGAAUGGCACCAAACAUUGGGUCUCUGCUGCUGAUCAUGUGUUUGGCAGUGGCAGUAACUAGAUGACCUCUACUGAGAGAAAGCCCAAGCUGUUGGGCCCAUAAUUAGCCAACAUGUCUGCCACCACCAUUACUCCAUUCGUGGGCGUGUUGUUUAGGCCUGGAGUAGUCAGGGACAGGCUGAAACCGGAAGGGAUCACUCUGACCACCUACUCUUUGCCUCUUCGGGGGAGUGCUCUUGUAUUGAGAGUCCAUGAUACAAAAGUCGGUACACUUUGCCAUGAUAAGAAGAUUGUGUGUAUUCUUAACUCAGGCUAUCUCCUUCUCCAUCAUUGUUCACUUAUCAAGUGCACUGUUUGAGGCUCUGUCCAUCAGAAAGAUUUUUCUUUCACUGCCAAUCCUUAGGUCUACCUCUGAGAGAGGCUAUAAUGUAUAAGCCAGCCAUGUCUGGCCCACACCAACAUGUCCAGCAUAGCUGGCUGGUUCAUCCAAUUCACAAGGACCACUUUUUCCUUCUCUGUCACCAGGUAUAAUAAUAUUGCACACAUAGUUUCAGUCCUUCACUUCUCCCUGUCUUCCAUGUCCUGUGCCAUAGAAUCUUGCAUUGCCUUCUCAUCCUGGGUGCAACAUUCUGCCUCACCUUUUGGCUCUGAGCUUAGCCAAGUGAUUUCCUCUGGGUCAACAGAAAGUCAAUAAAUCUGGUCCAAGCAGAGACUUGAAAAAUACUUGGGUGAUUGGUCUUGCCUUCUCUUCUGCCUCUGCCACUGACAUAGAACCUGAUUGGAAUAGUCUGAUGGAGAAUGAGAGAUGUGGUGUUUCGGUCGCUCAGCAGCCAAUCCCAAGACAUGAGCAGGUCCAGCCAAGAUCAGAAAAUCUGUCUAGUGAAUUUCCAGCUGGCCCUAGGUGUGUGAGUAAUAAAUGCUCAUUGUUGAUUCUCCUAAAGAUUUUUUGGUUUUUAUUGUAUAGCGUUAGCCUAUCGAUAAGUAACUGAAGCAACUAACCAUAGGGAAUCCCCCCAUGAAGUCAUAGAAGUAGUUGACUAAGAUGCACAAGUGCAAAUGAGGCAAAUGAUUUGGAAUCUAGGCCAUUUGUCCAUAAAACUUACAUGUACACUCUAGACUUACUCAGGCUUGAUCCCAAAUGUAUUACUUCCAACAGAUGAUGGAUCGCUACUGUCUCCUUUUGAUUUGGUGAAACUGAUAACACCCUGCUCAUGAUGUGCAACUCCAGUUAAUCAUUUGAUGUCACAUAUGGUCAGAUUUUCAGUUUCUGCUGGGCGCAGAGCUGUGCUGUGGCCAAGGAGGUAAUGGUCUCUGUAUAGACUGCCAGCGUAGCCUUUUGGCUUUCGGCACACCCUAAGAUGAUCGUUGGCUGAUCUGAGUCAGUUAUUUGUUCAAGUCCUCCAAGGCAAUUAACAGAUGCUAGCUAGUUCCACAAUCCUCUAACCCCAAAUAAUUCUAGUGACACAGCUUCUACAUAACCCAUUGCCUCCCCCAGGAGAUUCUUAGGAACCGUAAUACACACCAGGCAUGACCACCAUCCUGCUCAUCUUAGCAACAAAUAAGGGAAGUGAUCCAGUUCCAGGACCCCAUCCUAGGGGUCUGCUUACCAGGGACAUUCUCAUACAAAAGUCCUUUGUUAUGUUCCUCCUAAAAAGAACCUUGAGACAAAUACUUGAAAGCAAGUAGUUUAUUUAUGACCUAAUUCCAGGAAGCAGGAGUGAGAGAACAGGAAGAAUGAUAUAGGGAAGAAAAUACAACGUAAGGGUAUGUGAUCCAGAUUGCCAUUGGGGAGCUUGGGACUUGAUUCCAGGACCAGGCACCAUGUCAGAAACGAACAAGUCCUUCCCAGAGUUGUCUACCAGAAGGACCAGAGGCUGAAUCAUCUGUCCACUAGUCAUGGACCCAUCGGUGGAAGGCAUUACUCCACUACAUUUAUGCGACAUACUGGUAUAUAGACCCAGGGGGCUCCCAUAGCCUUGGGAAUGACACUUUGUCACAAAGUGGAGAAAGGGGGCGCUUAUUUGAGACGGGUUGCUGUCACCAAAAGGUGAAUCUGAGAUUGAGUGGAGCUCUCAGCUGUGGCUGAAAUCCAAGGUGGGCCCGAAGGAUAUUUUGUAGGCGCCAUGGCAACAGCUACAGACAUGGCUGCCUCUAAAAUACCAAAAUGUCCUGAACUUACUUUGAUUUAAAAUGUAUAAUUUUCUUCUUGGAUAUGAAGACAAAUUGGAUGGUAAGCCACACUCAAGAUUUCCAGAACUUUUUCCUUAAACUUUUUUGUUUUUAAAAUCUUCCAAAAAUGACCCAAGGAUAAACAAUGACUAAAUCUAUAUCUUUAUAGUCUGUUGCAAUUAUAAUACAAUUUUAAAUGUUUUCUUUUACACAUACCCCGCAGAGCUUUUCUGUGAAACUUUUAUAUCUGAACCAGAGCAUGGCUCCUGGAAGAGAAUAAAUUGUGUCCAUGUGCGCUUGAAAAGUGCCCAGACAACAUAACACUUAGUGAAACUUUUGUUUCUGAUCAAGUGCUUCACAAAAACAAGCUUGAGUUCCAGGAUCCAUAAAGAGCUUAAAUUCCCACAAUUUAAUUCUUUAAUAGCUGCUUCAAUGGUGCCAAGACAUCUUUUCGAAAACAUUCACUCUUACCUUUCUUGUUGAUAAGACUAAUAAACAAAAGGAUGGCUACUAAAGCCACCUACUUGUUAGCUAGUUUCUAAAAUUCUUCCAGUAAAUAAACUAUCUUCCCAAAUCAAGGUCAAUAUUUUCCAUCAGCUGCAACUUGCCACUAGUUAUCCUGCUUAAGGCCAUUGUUAAUAUAACGAGAAUGGUUUGCGUGACUCCUGGCGGCCAAGGAGAGUGGACUGGACGAGCAUGUGUGAGCAAUGACAACCUUGCUGUACUAGUCAGUGGGGGCAGGAGAUGCCAGUUGAGUGAGCACGUGUACUGUGUGGCUGUCACAUUCAAAAUGACUGAGCGAGGAGAGCAAAGAGCAUGCUUCAAAUUUUGCAUUAAAUGUGAACAUUCCUUCAUGGAAACUAUUUGGAUGAUUCAGAAGGCCACAGCUAGGGGCAACUAGUGGUUGGCAACUUCAUUAUGACAAUGCACCUGUUCAUGCAUCAUGUCUCAUGCAAGAUUUUUGAUGAAACAUCAUUUCACCCAGGUCACUCAGCCCCUCUAUGGCCCAGAUUUGGUGCCCUGUGAUGUCUGGCUUUUCCCAAAACUAAAACCACCUUUGAAAGGGAAGAGAUUUCAGGUGAUGAGAUUCAGGAAAUUAUGAUGGGGCAACUAAUGGCGAUUGGGAGAACUGUGUGAUGUCCCAAGUUGCCUAAUUU